UCAAAACGGAAAUAAAAUUAGAAAAUUAAUAAUUUAUAAUUACAAUUGAUCAUAUUUAUAUCCUUAGUUCAUGUUUAUUCUAUAAUUUCAUUCUUUUAUAUCUCACAUGUUCUUAAUUCAAUUAUAUUGGUUUAAUCAAAGAUCUGAAACAAUGAAUGUACUGCAAAAAGAAAACUCAGACGUACUAAGAAGUUAUGAGGAAAUGACGUUAUUAACAGAAAUUUCUAAUGAAUCUGAAUGCCAAGAAAAUGGAAUACUGAAUACUACCAUGUAUGGAAUGAAAGAUGUCACUGACUAUCUUCUAAAUAAAAACUACAAUCUAGAUUGUUCCACUGAGUUUUGUAUUACUACAAAUAUAUCUCUGCACAGUGCAGUAAUGUUGAAUAAUGUACAAUUGAUCAAAAAGCUUUUGAACAAAGAACCAUCAAUUUCAGCUAUUGAUCGAGGUAACAAUACUCCGUUACAUCUUGCUUUUAUGCUUGGUUAUGAUGAAGUGACUGAUUUGAUUUUAAAUUACAUAAGAGAGGCUUGUAAUUAUAUUAAUUUAAAAAAUAAAUAUGGUCUUAGUCAUUUGCACAUUGCUUCAGCCAGAGGAAAUGCAUUCAUCACACAAAAAUUUAUAGAAGCUGGUGGUAAUGUUGAUGAGUUUGUAAACGAAGACUCUCUACUAUAUGCAGGAUACACAGCACUGCGAUUUGCUUGUGCAUACAAAAGAGUGGAAACAAUAAAAGUCUUGACAAAAGCUAGUAGUUUGCAUGGUACAACUAUAGAUGAAGACACUAAUAAUAUGCCUCAUGACAAUUUGGAAUUAUUUAAAAAUCUAACUAAAUUUCUCAUCAACUUGCAGCAGAAUGAAGAAAGUAAUUGCAUACCAAACUUUCACUUAGCAUGUUUCAAGGAUAACUUGACAAUUGUAAAAGAUCUUCUGGAGAAAAACGAAGAUAUUAAUGCUUUAAUUAACAGAAACUCACGUGCAAAUCCAUUAUUUACACCUUUGCAUAUGGCUAUUGAAGGUGAAACUGAAUGGAAGAAUGAAAAGGUGAAGUUACUAUUACAAGAAGGUGCUAACAUCGAUGGACGAAAUGGAUUCUGUAUGACUGCUCUACAUCUGGCUAUGUACAAUCACAUUUACAAAGAUAAAAGCAAAGAUCCAUUGGAUAAAAUAAAAGAAGAUGAAACAUUAAAGUUGGUCUAUACAGCCAUGAAAAAUAAGCAAGCAAAUCUGAUGGAUUGUAAUGGUCUAACUUACUUUCACAUUGCAGUGACUAUGAAUGAUUUCCAGUUGGUGAAAAAAUUUCUGAACUCUGGUGAAAAUAUUAAUCAACCAGUACUCAAAAACUUGCGUCAGUUUUCUACAUACACUCCGUUACAUUUUGCAGUAAAAUAUGGACAUGAGAAUAUGGCUAAAUUACUUAUCAAUCGAGGUGCAGAUGUGAAUGCUAACAACGAUGAUCCGCAGUUCGACACUCCUCUUCAGUUGGCCAUUAAAUAUGGUCAUCAUCGACUAAUAGAUCUGCUGUUGAAGAAUAAAGCCAAUGCCAAAGUGAUACAAAAAAAUGGUAAAAAAACAACGUUACAUUUGCUGGCUGAACGAUUUGGAAAGACAAAAAUUAACACAAGCGCGGGUCUUGAAGAAAAAGGUGAACUCCAAAAUUUUGCCUAUAAAUUUGUCAGACUUGGUGUAGAUGUUGAUGCUAUCGAUUCGGAAAGUUCAACAGCUUUGCACAUUGCAUGCUCAAAGAUGUACGAUAGCAUUCAUUUGGUUAAUUGGUUACUGAUGGUCGGUGCUGAUAUAGAUGUAAAGAACGACGACAAUGAGACGCCUUUUGGAGUUGCUUGUGGAAGCGGUUUUCGAGGUAAUUACAAUGACUUUCUUAUGCUGUAUCUUCAUGUGCAAAAACUAAAAGAUUUGAAACUGAAGAUUGAUGAAAAAAAUGAAAAAUUUUGUCGCUUGGUAAUGAAGAGGAAAAUACAGUGGAUGAACAACGAUGAUUGGAUUACUGUUGAAAGGUCUUUUAGUAAACAAGAGCUGGAUAGGAAAAAGCAAGAGAGACUUUGUGAAAUUGAAAAACUCAAAGUGGAUAUGGUUACAGAAAAUAUUUCACUGUACGAUUAUGUGAAGAUGGAUGGGAAACAAGCGGCAGAAUACGUUGAGAAUGAAAAGCUGAAGAAAAUCGUGGAUCAGGAUGCUUGGGAUGAAUAUGAAGUGUAUGGAUAUCUCAUUCCAACUGUAUAUCGAAAAAGUCUCAAGUGGUUGGCAAGUCAGAAAUCCUGAAACAUUGAUUAUCAUUAAUAUUAUUAAACUCCUCAAAAAUAAAGUGAGAUACGUGUGCAAGAAAGUAAUUUUACCCUCGUAUGUUUUCUUUACCCUUGCUUUCUUCGAGCGUAAUAUAUUUACACAAGGCUAAAAUCUUUUUCUCGCACUAGUAUCGAAAUAGUACAUUACGAUACAAGUGCAGGAAAUUAGAUUCUUGUCUCAUGUAGCGUUUACGCCCGAGCGAAGCGAGGGUGUAAAGGUACACGAAACGAGAAACUCUUUGCGCACGGAAUGUCGAAAUAUAUUAUUUCGAUAUGACGUGCAUGAGACUUGAAGCGCACAUGCUUUCCUAAGCGUGCGUGUCAAUUGAGUCCUUCCAUACGAAGUAUUGAAAAUAAUAUAGCUUCUUGUAAGUAUAUUAGAAUUACUUACGAAGAAAAGUAGUAUAUCACUAUAUAAAUCGUUUUAAAGAACAAUUAUUCAAAGAAAAUUUAAUGAUAUGUUCUUGUAUAUACAUGGAUUGAUUUUUUCUAGAAUGAUCGUAAAAUUUUGACAGAUAGUUGAAAAUAAAACUUAAUAGCAG